AUGCCUACGAACCCCGACUGGGUAAAGGCCCUCAAGCCCUCGGGCCCCCAGGGCUCCGAGCUCCUCGCCCAAGAACGCGCCAAGUCCACCGUCAACGUCGAGCAGCUGUCCAACUUCAUGUUCACCAAGGACGUGCUCGCGCGCAAGGCCAACAUUGAAAAGAUCCUGCGCGCCGACCCCGUCUUCGACAAGUCGCAAAACUACUUCCGCGCCCGCACCGACCGCAUCGAGGUCUCCCUCGCCCGCGCCAAGGCCCUCCGCCUCCUCUCCGUCAAGCACAACUGGUCCAAGGAGGAGUACGAGACGGCCAACAGCCUCAUGGCCGAAGCCACCCCUACGGCCUCCACGCCUCCAUGUUCCUCAAGACCCUCGAGGAGCAGACCACCCCGGAGCAGAAGAAGCUCUUCCUCGAGCCCGCCCAGGACUACAAGAUCAUCGGCUGCUACGCCCAGACCGAGCUCGGCCACGGCUCCAACGUCCGCGGCCUCGAGACCACCGCCACCUGGAACCCCGAGGACAAGACCUUCACCCUCCACUCCCCCACCUCACCGCCUCCAAGUGGUGGAUCGGCUCCUCGGCAAGGCCGCCAACCACGCCGUCGUUGUCGCCCAGCUCAUCCUCAACGGCAAGAGCCGCGGCCCCCACCCCUUCAUCGUCCCCAUCCGCGACCUCAAGACCCACCUCCCUCUGCCCGGCGUGCACGUCGGCGACAUCGGCCCCAAGUUCGGCUUCAACACCAUGGACAACGGCUUCCUCCUCUUCAAGGACUUCAAGAUCCCCCACGUCAACAUGCUCGCCCGCUUCGCCGCCGUCGACCCCGCCACCGGCAAGUACCUCCAGCCCGCCAACCCCGCCCUCGUCUACGGCACCAUGACCUACAUCCGCUCCGGCAUCGUCUUCGAAUCCGGCUCCGUCCUCGCCCGCGGCGUCACCAUCGCCACCCGCUACUGCGCCGUCCGCCGCCAGUUCCAGGACCGCGACGCCCCCGACGGCGAGGUCGGCGAGAACCAGGUCCUCAACUACACCAUGGUCCAGCACCGCCUCCUCCCCUCAUGGCCGCCUCCUACGCCCUCCACUUCACCGGCCGCAGCAUGA